UUCUCCAUAAAGCAAACCCACUAACGUUUCCAUUCCUUACCUCCCCAUUAAGCUUAAACCCUUCUUUCUCACUAAGUUUAGCAUACAUUUGUUCCAUUGCCCACCCCUACAUAAUAGAAUGCACAACUCUCCAUUCUCCCAUUUGUAACAGAAGACAAGUUCUCAAACAUUCAUAAGUUUCCCUUCGAACUAGAGAAAGCAAAAGCAAUAAAGAAAGAGAAGAAAUGAGUGCAGAUUGGGGACCGGUGAUCGUUUCGGUAGUUUUGUUCAUACUCUUGUCACCGGGGUUGUUGUUUCAACUGCCGUCGAGGACAAGGGUGAUACAGUUUGGUAAUAUGUGCACAAGUGGGAUAGCUAUCCUGGUUCAUGCAGUCAUAUACUUCUGCAUAAUCACUAUCUUGAUCGUUGCUAUUGGUGUUCACAUACAUAUUAACUGAU